AGAUCAAGGCGAGAGAGACUACUUAGUUGUUACACACAUAGACCUCCCCCCUCCAACCAGCACUUCCUCCUCUCCUGUAGAAAAAGUAACAGACACUCAACCUGUCAAUCAAGCUAUCAACAAACCCAUGUCCCCUCCCCCUGCAGCUAUGCCUGUUCUACUUUAUGAUGUCACUCCUCCACCUGCCACUCAACAUGACCCUCCCCCAGUUACACCCUCUACCCCCUCUCAAGUUCCAGAGUCUGCCACUCAUGCUCUCGCUCAACCUGCCAGUCAUAUCCAAGACCCGGCUCCAGAGGCAGAGGAGGCCAUCUCAUUGGUGGACAGUGAGCUCAUUAUGGUUCAGAGAGUGACUGACAGCUCCCAGACCAACCUCAGUGAGUGGGAGAGUUUUGUUUCGCAGGCGAUGGAGGUCAACGUUGGCCCAAUUAUCAAGGUUUCAGUCAAUGACAAUCAGACUGAGAGGAACAGCAUUGUCUUUCUCAAAGAGACAGAAAAUACAGUCAAGCAGCUAAAGUCUACAGACAAACCAAAACAAGCAAAGCCCACAGCCAUGGAACUCCAACCUACAGCCAAACCAAAAGAGAUGACAAAACCAACAGCCAAACCCAAAGUGACGGUACAGACAAACUCCACACCCAAAACACAACAGGUAAAACCCACAGCCAAGGAACUGCAACCUACAGCCAAACCAAAAGAGAUGACAAAACCAACAGUGACAGUUACAGUACAGACAAACCCUACACCCAAAACACUAGACAUAAAGCCUAUAGCCAAAACACUACACACAAACUCCACACCAAAAACACAACAGACAAAACCUACACCCGAAACACAACUGACAAAACCUUCACCCAAAACACUACAGGCAAAACCUACACACAAAACACUACAGACGAAACCUACACACAAAACACUACAGACGAAACCUACACCCAGAACCCUACAGACAAAACUUACACCCAAAACACAACAGACAAAACCUACAGCCAAACCAGCAGUGCCAAAACACACAAUGAAGCUGACACAGACCACCAAGAGUAUCAAGACAAAGACAGGGAAACAUCAAAAGAAAGACAAAAUAAAUGAGAGGAAAGGUAAACCUCUGAAAAAGGACAACAAAACCAAAGAGACAAAACAGGAGAAGAAGGAGGGCACAAAUCCGGCAAACUUCCCCUACUUCAAAGACAACUACUGUCCCCCGGAGUGUGCCUGCUAUGGACGAGUGGUCCAGUGUUCCGACAAGGGGGUGGAGAAGGUUCCGUACGGCAUCCCUUAUAACUCCCGCUACGUCCUCCUGAUGAACAACCGCAUCGACAGCAUUCAGCUGGACCUGCUCAAUGAAUACCUGUCCAUGGAGUUCCUGGUGCUCAGCAACAACCGGCUGACAGACGGCUCCAUCGAGGGGGCCUUUGAGGGCAUCCCGGCCCUGAGGCGGCUCUACCUGGACCGGAACCUACUGGAGAGCGUGCCCACAGACCUGCCCGCCUCCCUGGAAGAGCUGCGUCUGGAUAACAACCAGCUGAACGUGAUGUCGGAGGGAGCCUGGGCCCACUGCCCCGGCCUGCUGGUCCUCAGCCUCAGCAACAACAGCCUGGGGAAUGGGAACGAUACUCUCCCCGCCAGUGUGCUCUCACCUCUGGGCAGCCUGCGCACCCUCAGCCUGGACCGCAACCGGCUGGCCUCGGUGCCUCUGGGCUUACCUCUAUCUAUCAGGGAGUUGUACCUCCGUGGCAACCUUAUCGAGAAGUUCCCAGGAGAGGCCUUCAUGGGUACCUCAGAGCUGGUGAUUCUGGAUUUGAGCGCUAACCGGCUAACCAACCAUGGCCUGCUCAGGGAGUCCCUCGUCAACGCCACCCACCUGGAGAGCCUCAACUUAGAGGGCAACCAGCUCAAGAAGGUACCCCGCCACCUCCCCUCUUCCCUCAAAACCCUCAACCUGGAGGGCAACCUCAUCUCCUCCGUGGGCAAAGCCUCCUUCCUCCACCUCCCCCACCUGGAGCACCUGGGCCUGGCCAGUAACAAGAUAGCCGGGGUGGCCACGGGGGCUUUCAGGGCGCUGCCCGUUCUGCACCAACUGGACCUGUGUCACAACGCUCUGAGCCAGGUGCCCAGGCAGCUGCCCCGGGGGCUACACUCAGUGGCACUCACACACAACAAGAUCCACUCAGUGCCCCGCGACGCCUUCUGCUGGGGGGGUUUAGACCCCGGCCUCAGCAGCCUGGUGCUGGUGCAGCUGGAGCACAACCUCAUAGACCUGGGCCACAUGGACGCAAAAGCCUUCCACUGCCUCAGAGGCUUCCAGGUGGUACACUUCUACUGAGCUGCAGUCUAUAGAAUCCUGCAGGACAGUCAUACUGCAAGUAUGGAUUAUAGACAAUCCAACAACUGAAACCAAUUGCAGGGUUUUUUCUGUUCAACCUGAAAGUCCGUUGGGCUCCAACAUGGCGGUAAAAUGUUCUGCAAUACAAAUAGAGAAACAGACAUCAUGUCGGGAGCUGAUUUUGAUUCAACAUUACAAGGUAACAAUGCAAGAUGGCCAGUUGAGUGAACUUGGAUCUCAAUGUGGAUAGCUAUACUGUACCGUAUGUCGUCGCUUGGGUAAAGCUGUGAUUGGUGGAAGCCGUGGUGUUCAGAGAAAAUACUUACUGCUCCCAUGAAGUCUGUGUUGAAAGACUAUGGCCUCUACUUAAAGGUCAAUGAUGACACAUACAGUUGAAGUCAAAAUAAUGUCAAAUGUCAGAAUAAGAGUAGAGAGAAUUAUUUAUUUCAGCUUUUAUUUCUUUCAUCACAUUCCCAGUGGAUCAGAAGUUUACAUACAGCACACUCAAUUAGUAUUUGGUAGCAUUGCCUUUAAAUAGUUUAACUUGGGUCAAACAUUUUUGGUAGCCUUCCACAAGCUUCCCACAAUAAAUUGGGUGAAUUUUGGCCCAUUCCUCCUGACAGAGCUGGUGCAACUGAAUCGGGUAUGUAGGCCUCCUUGCUCCUUUCAGUUCCGCUGAUACAUUUUCUAUGGGAUUGAGGUCAGGGCUUUGGGAUUAUGCUUGGGGUCAUUGUCCAUUUGGAAUACCCAUUAGCGACCAAGCUUUAACCUCCUGACCGAUAUCUUGAGAUGUUGCUUCAAUAUAUCCACAUAAUUUCCUUGCUGCCACCCCCGUGCUUCACGGUAGGGAUGGUGUUCUUCGGCUUGCAAGCCUCCCCCUUUUUCCUCCAAACAUAACGAUGGUCAUUGCGGCCAAACAGUUCUAUUUUUGUUUCAUCAGACCAGAGGACAUUUCUCCAAAAAGUAUGAUCUUUGUCCCCAUGUGCAGUAGUCUGGCGUUUUUAUGGCAGUUUUGGAGCAGUGGCUUCUUCCUUGCUGAGCAGGUUAUUUCAGCUUAUGUCAAUAUAGGACUCGUUUUACUGUGGCUAUAGAUACUUUUGUACCUGUUUCCCCCGGAGUCUUCACAAGGUGUUGUUCUGGGAUUGAUUUGCGUUCAUCUCUACGAGACAGAACGUGUCUCCUUCCUGAGCGGUAUGAUGGCUGCGUGGUCCCAUGGUGUUUAUACUUGCGUCCUAUUGUUUGUACAGAUGAACGUGUUACCUUCAGGCGUUUGGAAAUUGCUCCCAAAGAUGAACCAGACUUGUGGAGGUCUACAAUUAUCUUGGCUGAUUUCUUUUGAUUUUCCCAUGAUGUCAAGCAUAGAGGCACUGAGUUUGAAGGUAGGCCUUGAAAUAUAUCCCCAGGUACACCUCCAAUUGACUCAAAUGAUGUCAACUAGCUAUCCGAAGCCUCUAAAGCCAUGACAUAAUUUUCUGGAAUUUUCCAAGCUGUUUAAAGUCACAGUCAAAUUAGUUUUUUUUUAAACCUCUGACCCACUGGAAUUGCGAUACCGUGAAUUAUACGUGAAAUAAUCUGUCUGUAAACAAUUGUUGGAAAAAUUACUUGUGUCAUGCACAAAGUAGAUGUCCUAACCGACUUGCCAAAACUAUAGUUUGUUAACAAUAAAUUUGUGUAGUGGUUGAAAACGACUCCAACCUAAGUGUAUGUAAACUUCUGACUUCAACUUUAUGUGACUGUCAGCUGUGUUUUAGCAAUCUUAUCAUUGGAGCAAUUGUUAGCUAAAUGUGUUUCUAUUUAAUGUUGUCAUGUGAUUUAAAUUAAAGUGCCAUUAGUGGUCUCUCUUUUCUGGAAGAGUGUGAAUUGGCAAGUCAAUGGCAAAAACCUUAUUAACAAAAGCAACUCCAUUUCAACUCACGUUGGCCUAAUACGGGCAAGAAACAAUAGCACAGUCUAUGAAAAAUGUCUGCCUGCUGCAAAAUUAUUCUCCAAUAGCCCUUUAUUAAUUUCCAGAACCACCUCCAGAUACUUUUCAUAAGAGGGCUGGGGUAAUAUUUGAUUGCCUAUCGUUAUUUAAGCCAAAAUGUGUUAAUCUGAAGGCAAGUUUACUUUCUGGGUAAGAGCUUGGCCGUGCUGUACACCAAAUCCUUGGCUUGGCUGCUGGUUAUUGUUGGAUAGAAACAUGAUUUUAAACUUUGGCAGCCAUUUUUCAAGGGCACCACUUGUUCUUUUCAUGCCUCAUAAUGGCCUCUGCAGUCCAAAUGUUUCCAUUCUAAAGCGUUCUCUCUGCUUCCUGUAAACAAGUUAAUAAGAGAUGUUUUUUAUAUAAAAUUUGUAUACAGCCAUGUCUGGUGAUUAACUGCACCAAAAAUAUCAAACUUCCUGGAUGAAUAACAUUCAAAUCAGAGUUUCUUGAUUAGAUAAUGUUUUACCCUGUAGCAAUGAUGGAUAACUGCUGUACAUUGCAAAUGUAUCCAUGAUUGGAUGUUGAUGCUGUGCAUUCGGGAAAGUAUUCAGACCCCUUGACCUUUUCCACAUUUUGUUACAUUAAAGCCUUAU